AUGGAAGGUUUCUCAGGCUCCAAGCAUCUCGUUUGGGCAUCACCGCUGUGGAUUAUUUCCAAGACCCAAAACAAGCCACCGUGGGCCAUCACACAAGCACCAUAUCUUCAUAGCCGUUUCACCCGGCGCCUCUCCACAUUCCGCCUUCAACGGAAUGAACCCAAGCGCUAUUGCCAGUCGACCAUCUCUCAGGACCUCUAUGGUCGUGAUGACCUCUACGGACCGGGUGGCGGAGACAAGAGAAGAUCAUCGAGUGACUCUUUCACGUUCCUGGGCACAUCAUCCUUCCCCGUCCCAUUCGAUUGGCCACCAAUGACUAGACUCGAGUUGGGCACAUCCCAUAGUCCAUCCUCCGACCCUAUGAUGGGGGAUUGGUGGACACUGGGCCAUGGAGCUAGUGAAUAUUGCGCUUUACCCCCGUCUUUUGGCCAUCCUGAUACCCAUCGAGUGCCGCUGGAUGUAGGCUGUGAACGCUUCUCGGCUGCUGAGGACUCCCGUCUACUUCGUCACCCCCUUCACACCGACCCCCUGUCGAACCUGUCAAAGCAAAGGAGACGGCGUCCCAGCUUGUCCAUAUGGGAUGCAACAUGGUCGAACUCACCGCCGGCCGACUGCCUCAUCCAGAUGUCGUCUGCUCCAGUGGCCGGUCGGAGACAUUGGAGCACGGAGCUGGGAUAUCCUUUGAACUUUCAAUGGCCUGUUUCGUACAACGUCGCUCCAUAG